UGUGUUGUCAAUGUGUAAACAUCACAACUUAUUUGGCAAUCAAUUGAGAUCUCAUUGAAUCAGUGCUUAACAGUUGACACAAUUGAAUGCAUUGAAUCAAUUUACACUGAGAUCAUAGUUAUAGCCCUUUAAACAUAUUCAUUGUAUUAUAACAGUUGAGGCAAACAUCCAAUUUGAGUAUUUAGUGUUCAAUCAAAACAAACAGUAUUUUGUGAGUGAAUGUCCAAAUUGGGGCUAAAUUAGGGCACAAAUCUAUUUUUGGGAAAUAACUUGAAUUUGCUGUCAAUUUAGUAAAUCAUUGCUAAUGACUUCAAACACACAAAGGGUUUGGACAGUAAUUAAACCUCAUUUACCACUCAUUAGAUUCAAAAAGGGAGGGAAUGUGAGGACAACCGGUGCUCAAGUGAAUGAGAGUGUGGUGUCUUCUCGCACUUCUGGUCCACCGAUUGGUUUGACUCCACGCGGAAGUGGUAUUGAAGAGGAACUGAUGCCUAAACGAUAUGAACGCAAACCAAUAACACCUCUUGAGAUGGAGAUAAUUGAAAGAGGAGGACCGGAAAUACUUUGAUGAAUAGCUUUAUUGUAUAAAAAUAUAUAUAAUUAGGGCUAAUGUCGAGUUCUCAAUAGUUAUAAAACUUUUUAAAAAUAUAAACUUAUUGUAGAUAUCAUUAAAGUAUAAUUGAAUUGAAAUUUAAUAA